CGCAGGUGACAGGCUGUCGUGUUUUUUUAGUGAUUUUUGAUUGAUUAGUGAUAAUAACAAUGAAGUUAUUCUUGCUAUUAAUUUUAGUGCACCACAGUUCAGCUAUUAUAUAUAAAUUAAAUUUUACAGAGUUCAGCAAAAUGCCGGAGCUGUUCAAAAUGGAUGAUUACGACGAAUGUGUAGUGCAGCCAGGAGGGACAUAUUGCUUGGUCGACGCAGUUCUGUACUCCAAGGAUGACUCCGAGCUGAUGCGGAUGAUAGUGGAAUACUCAGAAUACAAGAAAAAGCAUUUUAACCACACAGUGGUACACAGAGCGGUGUGCGUCCAAGAAACUUGCAAGGAAUUCAUAAAGAAUAGGAGUUUAGAAAACGAUACGGACCUAGGAUUGAUCCUUGAGGAAUGCAUCGACGACUCUAUGUGGAAGAAAUACAAGCUUAAUGCCAGGUUAAAAGAAAUAAAUUAUUGCAAGAGACAUGGACAAAAUAGAGCACUCGGCGCAGGAGACUACAUUAUGGGCAUUGUUUACUUGUCGCUAAUCGCCAUCAACGCAGCUGGCUCCACCUAUGAUCUGCUUAAAGGCGAAAACGCAAAAAAUCCAUAUCUCCUGGCGUUCUCCGUACGCCAGAACUGGCGUAAGCUGGUGGCGCCAAGCGGCCUAGGACCUGACCCUCGACUCAAUAGACUCACUGUAUUCAACGGGCUCAGGGCUAUGACAAUGAUAUGCGUGUUCUUUUCGCACACCGCACUCAUAAUGGUCUUCUCAUACCUCAAGAAUCCCUACUAUAUCGAGACGUCAUACGAGGAUCCCGGCAAAUUUAUCCUCUUCAACGGAUCCCUAGUUACGUACACGUUCUUCGUCAUGUCCGGGUUCUUGUUGGCAUUUAACUUCGAGCUACAUGCAGAGAAACACCGAGUUACCCUGUGGGAUUGGCCCAAGGGCAUGCUGAUGCGAUGGCUGAGAUUGACACCAACGUACGCCCUCAUAAUAUUCACGAUCAUGACUUUGAUGCGGCACUUAGGCGACGGCCCGCUCUGGGACUUGCUGGUUACCAGCGAAGCGCCGGCCUGCAACCAGUACUGGUGGGCGCACUUGCUCUACAUUAACAACUACAUCUACGAUGACUCGCAUUGCUUCCCGCAGAGCUGGUACUUGGCAGCAGACACGCAGUUGUUCGGCGUAGGUUUGCUGUUGUGCAUCCUCUUCCGGAAAUGGCGUCUGCAGCUCCUCGCGCUCAGCGUGAUGCUGAUCAUCUCCAUCCUCAUUCCUGCAGCACACACAUACUUCCAGGAUCUUGACGCGGUGGUCCUACAGAGUCCAGAAGUUUUACGUAGUAUUUAUCGCACCGACGACACUUUCCGGCUGGUAUUUGCGCGCGGACACACGAACCUGUCUACAUACACGUUGGGCAUCGCCGGCGGGCUGCUGGCCUACCACGGGGUGAAGAACGACCAGAAAAUAUCUGCACGUCUGCAGAAAUUCCCCUGGGUGCAGUGGUUGACGUUCCCGAUUGGGGUGGGCGUGAUACUCACGGGCGGUAUCUUCUACAUUGACGGCAAUGAACCCUCCACCCUGCUCCGGGUUCUGUACGCGUGUCUCUACAAACCCAUCUUCCAAAUCGUGGUCAUUGUAGUGAUAUUUGCCUGCAUCUUCAGGGUUGAAAAUACGUACCGCGGUAUCGUUGAGUGGCGUGGUUUUUCAUGGAUGGCCCGCUGCACGUACAGCGCUUUCUUAGUUCACGGGUCGCUGCAACGUGGACUGAUUGGUGCGGGGCGACAGCCUACAUUUAUGUCUGACUAUAACGUGUUGACAAUUCUGGCAUCGACCAUCUUCCUUUCAUACGGGUUGGGUGCGCUGCUGUGGAUCGCCGUGGAGUCUCCGCUCGCUCAGGUUUCUAAAGCGGCCCUCGCGCCGCCCCGGCGAGAGAAGGUGGAACCGAAUGAAGAGGAAACUUCUAAAGUCUGAACUCACAGUGACAAGUUAAUUAAUAACAUGGUGUGCCCGAUUACCUUACCAACUUUAACUAUUUUUGUGUAAUCGAGCCAUUUUAUUUAAGAGGGGUAAAGCCAGGAAAUUAGAAAGGAAAAUAUAUAACGCGCCGUGCGAAAAUUGCGACAGAAGAUUUGACGAUUGCGUACCUUUUAACGUUUUACCUCAACAGCUCUGAAUUAGGGUGGGUCAAAAUAGUUAUUUUCGAUACAAGUGCGGAAAAGAGGAAAUUCGAAACGAGUGGCGAUUAAUUAAAAUACCACCGCAGGGAGUGUUUUAAAUCGACACGAGUUGCGAUUUACCUAUUCGCACGUGUAUCGAACAACGUUUUACAGUACAUAUGGCCCCUUAAACUUUCGACAUACCUAUGCACAAAAAGGGCACUUUACGCACUAAUGCGAGAACUAAUGUACUGUAAAACCUUUUUUUGUAAUUUUCCGACGGGGCACCCCUUAUAUCGUAACACUUAUUAUGCUAUUAAGCUUAGAAUAAAUUUCCAAUAUGACUUGGAACUCCGGUGGCCGUUUAAGAAGUGUAACACUCUUACGGUAGAUGUCGCUAGGGUCCCCUAGACCCAUAUAGUGGGAAUAUUUGCUGACUAUGGAUGAGGUCUUGGUGGCUCAGUUGGCAGAGCGCUGGAGUAUCGAUCCAGAGGCCGUGAGUUCAAGUCUCACCAAAGGCAUAAAUUUUUUCACUUUUAAAUUUAUUCUAAGCUUAAUAGCAUCGAUCGCAGACGUUUCUGCUUGUUAAAAAUUAACUUAUUAUGCUGAUAAAAUAUACCAAGUUUCGUAACUUUAUCUUUACUACAAGGGGAUGCUCAACCUUUGAGAACUGAGAUUUUUUAUGUUGUAAGUAUGUAAAUUGAAAACGAAAGAAAAAAUGUGUUUAUUUUUUUAUUUUUAUUUAUGUACCUAUCUGUUCUCACACUAUUUGAACAUGUGAUUUAUAAGUUUUAAAGUAAAACAACAUUUUUAUUC